AUGACUUGGCUCCAUCAGUACCAUGUGGUCGGCCGCAUGGUCCCAGGAAAGGGCGGCUCCAAGCCUGAUGAGGAGACCGCCGUCUACCGCAUGCGGAUCUUUGCGCCCAACCCUGUUGUCGCAAAGUCGCGAUUCUGGUACUUUCUGCGGAAGCUCAAGCGUGUCAAGAAAGCAAACGGCGAGAUCCUUUCUGUGAAUGAGAUCCACGAAAAGAACAUUUCAGCGGUCAAAAACAUCGGUGUCUGGCUGCGAUACAAGUCUCGUUCCGACACGGUGAACAUGUACAAGGAGUAUCGCGAUGUCACGAUGACCGGUGCAGUCGAGCAGAUGUAUAUGGAAAUGAGCGGUCGCCAUCGCGCGCGCUGGUCAUCCAUUCAGGUGCUGAAGGUGCAAGAGGUUGCUGACGAGGACGUGCGUCGCCCGAACACACUACAGUUUAUGGAGACGGACCUCAAGUUCCCACUGCCCCAUACGCGCCCGCGCGCGUCGACCAAGAGCAAGCGUCCAACUUUCAUGGGUUCGCGGCCGGUCACUUUUGUUUCAAACUAAAGAUGAGAGCGUUUGCGUCUGUCUCAACGAAUGUGAGAAUCAUUGGCAGUAUUGCUUAGGGAGCCGCGAGUUAGUAGUGAGCAAACGAAAGGAUUGGAAGACUAGUUUGGCGAUUUACUCAUGUUACUGGCGGUAAAGUUAAAACUGUGCCCCUCAAAGAGGUGCCGCCGAUA